AUGUCAAACUCUUCUAUUAGUGAAAAGAAGGAUCUCUUCAAUAGCACAGAAAACUCAGAAGGCUCGGAAAACAUGGAAGACAUAGAGUAUUCGGACGAAGUAGAUGAAAUAGACGAAAUGGAAGAUAUAGAAAUAGAAGGCGUAGAAGAAAUGAAUAAUGUAGAAUAUAUUGAAAUUAAAGAAAAGGCAGAAAAUAUGAUUGCUAGUACUAGUAGAAUAUCUGUGAAUAGCAUUUCUAGAGUGAACAAUAGUGCUCAACUUCCAUUCUCAUUUAUCAAAUAUCCUUUAGUUUAUGAAAUAUUAAACGUAUAUGAUCCAAGAUAUGUGUUACCAUCUC